GCUCGGACCAUCUGAGUUCUCCAGCUUCGCCCGCCCCAUAGAAAGAAAGCUCCGAUACAUAGAUCGUUCCUGAGCCCUGCGCAAUCACUACUACGCAGCACUCAUCCCACACGGGAGCGGCAGGUUUCGUUUGAAGGUUCCCCCGUUUGGCUGCGCUGUUAAUUGAGCGAUGCUGAAAUCCACCUAUACUCCGCCGCCUCCAUUACCACCUGGAUGGACCGAGCAUAAAGCACCAUCAGGGCAUACGUACUAUUACAACGCAGAGACAAAACAAUCGACCUAUAAAAGACCUACUGCGCCUCCAGUUGCGCCCCAAACAGUCCCUCAACCUAUACAGGAGCAAAACCCAGCAUACUUUGCUCCGGGAAAUCUUCCUCCGUUUUCUUCGCACCCGUAUGGACCGGCAGGAUUUGGUACUACUGGGGCAUUUCCCAGUCACUAUGGACCAGGCCGUGGAGGAUUCAAAGGGGGAAGAAAUUAUCAGGACCGAAGGCGCCGGGAACCAGAGGACAGACCGAAAUCAAAACACCCAAUCCCAGGUUGUGCUCCCUGGCUGCUGGUUAAGACAAAACUGGGGAGACGAUUCGUACAUAAUCCAGAGACAAAUGAGAGUUUCUGGAAAUUUCCUCAAGAGGUUUUGAAAGGGGUGGUGGAAUAUGAUCGCAUCGAAAGAGAGAAGAAAGAGAGGAGAGAACGUGGCGAGGAGACCGAAGAGGAAGAUGUACACGAUCCGGCAGAUAGACGUGAAGUCUCCACGGCGCCCUCUCAGCCUGAGAAGGCGGAAGCCGAAACAGUAGCCGGUGGCCUCGAAGACAGCGAUGAAUAUGAAGAGGUCGAAGUCACAGAUAGCGAAGGCGAAGAGCAGCCAUCGAAGCGUGCCAGAACGGAGGACGAAGUCCCCAAAGAUGAGCCGCUAGAGUUCAACGAAGAGGAUAUUGAAUAUCAACUUGCAGCAAUGGGCGAAGAAUACGGGUUGGAUCCCGGUGAAUAUGGAGAGCCGGGCGAGGAGGCAUGGGAAGAAGGUGCCGAAGGAUUACCACUCACAGAAGAGGAUGCGAUAGCGCUAUUCCGUGACCUUCUCGAUGACUUUCAGAUCAAUCCUUUUACGACGUGGGAAAAGGUAAUCGAAGAAGGACGGAUCAUAGAGGACAGCAGAUAUACGGCUCUGCCCAAUAUGAAGUCAAGGCGAGAAGCAUGGUCGAGCUGGAGCCGAGACCGUAUCCAGGAUCUGAAGGAACGCAAGGAAAAGCAAGAGAAAAAAGACCCCAGAAUUCGGUACCUCGCGUUCCUCCAGGAACAUGCUACACCCAAACUCUACUGGCCUGAGUUCAAGCGGAAGUUCAGGAAAGAACCAGAGAUGAAAGACACGAAGCUCUCAGACAAGGAUAAGGAGAAAUUCUACAGGGAGCACAUAUCGCAACUCAAACUUCCGGAAAGCACCAGGAAGUCAGAUCUCUCUAGCUUGCUAAAAUCUGUUCCGCUGCAUUUAUUGAACAGGUCAUCGAAUAUCCAAGCACUUCCUCCGCCUGUUCUUACUGAUAUCCGGUACAUUUCUCUUCCGCCAAAGGUGCGCGACCCACUUAUUGAAGCAUACAUCUCAACUUUGCCUCCUGCACCAGAGAACGAGAACAUAACCGCCGAGGAGCGAGAAGAAUUGGACAAAAAGAAUUUGGAACGUGAAAAGCGCGAAAAGGCACUGGCAGAGCGUGAGAAGAGGGUGCAGGAAGAAAAGAGGAGACAGAGGGGUGAUCUGCUGCGUGGUAAGAACCUAUUACGGGAGGGGGAAGCAGAGGUUGAAAUGGCUAUGAAAGUUGGCAAGGAGGGACUGAUGAGCCAUAUGGGGUCUAAUAAUGAGUCUGUACGAGAUAAACCAGAGGGCGCGGCUGAUUAAUCCCUUGCUUAUGAUGUAUAUAUCACACUUACUAUGAACAUAUAUGAUG